GAUUAUGACAUUCCCAGGUCACAAUCCUCACCUGUUUAGGUGGAGGAGGCUCGGCAAGAGUAAAACUGCAGAUAAGAUGCAUGUGAAGAAUUGUGACAUCGAUCAGUGGAGGAAGCGCGUGGAGGUGGCUUCCGAGUUUGCUGUAUCGGAAGUCUUCCCCCACAAGAAACCUCAUUUAGGAAUCAACGGCCUAGCUGUACCAUUGCAAAGCACUGAGCAGAUAAGAGAUCAUGAUGAUGCUUACAGUGAAGCUCAGGCUCUUCUUGGUGAUUGGCUGAGCAGUAAGUUGCGACUGGAACUAGAGACAGAGGAGGAAGAUGACCUGAUGUGCUCCAGUGAGAGGAGAAGCUCUGCUGCACUGGCUAGUGCUCAGCCUGCUGCCCUUAACUACUGCAACUUUGAUGAUCUGUACAACUGCCUGGCCGAGGAGGAAGAGCACAGUGCCGUUAACAGCUUCCUACAGGACCUGAUGGAGCAAGAGGUCUUGGACUCUGGAAUGAUGGAGGAGCUGGCGCUGGAUGUUGGACAAACAAGGAAGAAGUUCAGAGAUCCGACUGUCACCAUGGAAGCACGACACCUGCAGGUGCGAGAGAACAGGGCACGGCAGGAGGCUGAAAGGCAGAGGCAACAGAGAGAGAGGGAGGCCCGGCGGGGUGCCAUAGAGGAGGCAAAGAGGAGGGAGCGAGUGGAGGACACAAGGAAGAAGCAGCAGGGACGCAGACAGGAGGAGAUGGUGCAGCAGGAGAUGGUGAGACUGCGACGCCAGAUGGAGGAGAGGAGAGGCCUGGAACAGCUGGUUCGACAGAGGGAAAGGGAGAGAGUGGAAGGGCAAAGGGCAGCCAGAAGCCUCCAGUCAGCUCAUCCACUUCCCACAAAACAGCAACCGCAGGACACAGAGAAACUUUAUAAAGAACAGAAAAUUCAAACCAUGGUUCUCAUGGGUAAUCUCAAGUGUCUGCAGAGGCAUUUCUCUAAAUGGUAUUCAGUGGUGUUGGCCAGAAGGCUACGCUUAGGUAAAGCCAUGGCCCUCUGUGACUGGAAGCGGCAGCUGAGAGCCUGGCGAGCGUGGCGGGCAGUGGUCUGGGCAGAACAACAGCAGCGAGAGGUGGCAAGAACAGAGGAGGAUCUACGAGCUGAAAACAGGCGAUGUCAGCUGGCUGUGGAGAGUGACCGAAGGCGAUUGCUUCGGCGAUGUCUGAAUGAGUGGCAGCUAUGGUGUCGGAUGGAGAAGGAACAACGAGAGCUUUUAGCCCAGCAGCAGGAGACCCGGCGCAAGAUGGCUGCCUUAAUCAAUGCUGCAUCAACAGGCAAACUCAAGGCCACAGAAACCCCAAUUUAUCAGCCAAUUAUGGCGCAACCUGAGGCAUCUAACCAACCAGAGACAACGAAAAAGGGAGAGCACCACAGGUCAAGCACUUCAGCCCCCAAUGCCUCUGCAGUACAUCAGAAUAAGACUCCUGUGGGUGCUGUGGCCCAGCCCACUCAGCCAUGGCAGGUGACCCGACAGCAUGCAGCACCGACUGCUGCUGAGCUCCAAGGGGCACAGCAGAGAUGUGAGGGCGGCGGUUUUACCUGUUCAAAAAGCACAGUGCCGCCGGGCAGCAAGUUUGAGAACAGACACGCCGCCCAGCAGCAGAUCAUCACACAGCAGAGGAAGCUUUUGAAGGAGCAGCAAGAGCAGAUUGUACGGCUGAAGGAGGAGCAGAGCGUGGCGGGGUCAGAGCUGGAAAUGGAGAAAACCACACAGCUCAAGCAGCAAUCAAUAAUUGGAGGCUUGAGACCAAAGAGCCUCAACUUUGACCACACAGAGCAGAGGAAGGCCCACUGCACAAUGGCACCAAGAGUUACCGGAGAACCUGACAGUCUCUGUGCACCUCCAAGGGAAGCUAUCACACGACAGACACGCCACCAUCCAAUCAUCACGGCCAUGGAGGCCCGUUCACGUCAACGUGCAGAGCGAAGGAAGGAGAUUAAGGGACUAAAGAAAAAGAAGGAAGAGGAAAAACUGGCUGAGAUGAAAGCUGCUGAGGAGCAGAGACAGAGAGAGGAGGAGGAGGAGAAACGCAAAGCAGACGAAAAGAAGAGGGAGGAGAAAAGGCAGGAAAGAGAGAGGGAAGAGGAAAAACAGAGGCAACUGAAAAGGCAACAGGAGCUCCUGAAGCUGGCCCACCAACACUACCACAGAAAGUUGCUGCUACGGCGAGGCCUGGCGCCAUGGAAACGCCUCAUUCAGCUCAGACAAGCCAACAUACAGCUGGCUGAGAGUCAUCACAAUCUCUUCCUCCUGCGGCGAUGCACACUAGGCUGGCAGCAAUCAGCAAGAGAGUCUCUUACUGAGAAGGAAGAUUCUGCUGACCAACUGCACCAGCACUUUCUGCUUCGGAGGAGCUUAAGCUGCUGGAAAAGACUCAAGGACUGGCGGAUGAUUCAACAGGAGAGAGCCAAGCGUUUCUGUCGCACUCGCACUCUGAGGAGGUUUCUGGUGGCACUGCUGGACCAUGUGACCCAGGAGAGGCUGGUGGAGUGGGACCGUCAGGAGGUGGCUCAGGAACACAAUAACAGACGGGUGCUGCGACGAUGUUUGCUGGCCUGGAGGCAGUUUCCCUGUCUGCUGCGCAAGGAAAGAGUGAGGGAGGAGCAGCGGGAGAAGCUGGGACGGAGAGUGACUGCGGUUCUGCCUGAUUUCUGCUCCUAUCCACUGUAAAGCCUCUGGGAGAAAAAGACACUGUAGGAGACAAACUGCACACCCACACUGACGACAAACAAACAUCUCCAUAACUCUGUUGAGGACACACAUGCAAAUACAAAAUGAAUACACAUGCACCUCUC